CCGGGCAGCGGAGAUGAGGGGGAGUCAAAGAUGUGGUUUCUAAGCUGACUGGUACCUCAUGCUAUGCAAAAAAAAAUUCUCUCUCAUCCAAGUCCAAAUGUUUUGAUGAUUUUCAUGAAAUGUAAGACAAGACAAACACACAGCAUCCUAAAUCCUGUUAAGAGAUGUGCUCUGUGGGGGAAUAUUGAAGCGGAAAAAGACAAAUCCAGAGGGGAUUAAAGGAACCAAACAAUUGGAGAGAGAAAGAGAGAGUGAGAGAAAGAUAGAAAGAGAGAGCCGUAUCGGGAAUAAUCACAACGUGAGAGGGAGAGACGUGAGGCGGUGCUUUGAAUAGGAAGCAGAGGCAAGGAUGGGAAGAGAUUAGUGCUGCACUCUGUGGGCUCAUCACUCAAUGAAAGGACACUCUGGAAACAACAAGAGCACUCAGCCGCAGGAGAACCGGGAAAGGUGCGAGUUUGGUUUUAGGGAUACAUUAAACUUACUGGAAAACGCUUUGGACUUUUUGGAUACUUUCAGAUCAGGAUAAUCUGUUUGAACAACUUCUAACCAUGGAUUGUUACAGCAAAGUAAGAUCAGAGGAACCGGAUCUAAGAAGGUUCUGAGUGACUUUUCUGGUAGGCUUUCCUGUGCAUGUUGUGCUAAACCAAACGUAAAACAUUAAUUUUAAAUACAUCUAUUAACGGCAUACUGUUUUAUUCUAAGUCUGUUCCAUGCCACAGAUACUACACAUCUGCAUGGUACACAGGAAAUUAGAUGGCCAUCUGUGAAAUAUUGAAAGACGCGACAGAUGUAAAACAACCUUUCUAGGAUUUAAGAGCAGAAGGCUUCCUGUAUCAACUGUGCUGGCACUGUUCCUGGUAUAAUCCUUUUUAUGUGCAACCAAAAGAAUGACUUCUACAUCUCGUGUGGUUUUGAUCUCACUCUUGGUUCGGCUCUCAGGGGCUAUUUGUCCUCAAGGCUGCCUGUGCAUCUCUGACAUACUGAACUGUGGCUCCUCAGGUCUGGAUAGAUUCCCUAACCCACUUCCAUUCACAACUUCUGUCCUGGACCUCAGUCAUAACAGACUAACAUGGCUGGCAGCCAGCAGCUUCUACGGGCUCCCAAGGCUGCACACUUUGCAUAUGUCCCAUAACCGCAUCUCCUUGCUCAGCCCGGGAGCUUUCCAUAACAUCAGCAGUCUUCGAUACUUGGACCUCUCUUCCAACAAAUUGCAGGUGGUGGGCAAGCAUCACUUCCAGGACCUGCCAACCUUGGAGGUGCUGUUGCUGUACAACAAUCGUCUAACCCGCGUGGAGAGCAGCACCCUAAUGGGGCUCAGCAGUCUGAGGAAGGUUUACUUCAGCCUCAACCAGAUCACAGAUUUCCCGUUCUUCUCGAUUCGUAAGCACAGCCACCCCAACCUGGUUACACUGGACCUCUCCUCAAACCGCCUGUUCCGUUUGCCUAUAGAUGACAUUGUAGUGUUGCCCGCUGCAGUGCAAAAAGGCCUGUUCCUGCACAACAACAGUCUGGAGUGCGAUUGCUCUAUGUACCGCAUGUUUUGGCACUGGGAGCAGAAGGGAUAUCCAAGUGUGAAAGACUACAAGGAUGUCUACAAGUGUCUGAUGUACGGUGAGCUUCAAAUCUCAAUUAACUUUCUGCGCUCUGCACACUUCUUUGAGAACUGUACCAUUGGGAAGAUGAUAUCCCUGAUAUCUCCGAAGGCUGAUAAAGUUGUUUACGAGGGUGAACAAGUGAGACUGGACUGCACUGGAACCCUAAACGGAGAAGACCUGUCUUACAGCUGGAUCAUUCCUCAACAAGAAAACAUCUCUCAGCUGGUUUACAACGGAUCUCUACGUAUCAAUCAAGAUGGUAGCUUGGAUAUUCUAGCUGCCCAGUCCCUAGAUUCGGGGGUCUACCAGUGCACUGCUGUGGAUAACACGAGGAUGAUCAAUGAAUCACGAGAAGUGAAUUUAACGGUGGUAGCCCAUCGUGCCAUGGAGGAGCCGUUCAACACAGGCUACACCACUCUUCUGGGAUGUGUGGUGACCCUUGUCCUCAUAUUGAUGUAUCUGUAUUUAACCCCAUGUCGUUGUGGUUGCUGCAAACCUCCUCCUCCCUCUCCGGGGAUCUCAAACUUUGGGGAAGACCGCUGCACUCUGGCCUCUAUCUUUGCAGCUCCUUCAACCGAUCGAGUCAAGAGCAAGGCUCAGUCUGACAGGCACGUAGUGUUCCUUGAGCCACUCGUGACAGGGAAAAAUGGCCAUCCGAAAGCUGCAUGUGUUGUUGAACAGCCUACAAUUGAAUGGGACACAGAAAACUUCAUAAUUAGAGAAAGAAAGGACUGUGAGUAACAAAUUUGUGACUUCAAAUCCCACAGAAUUGCUUAAGCCUGUUUGAACCAUAGGGACAAGCAGCACAAAUUAAUCUGUCAUAAUUCCCUAAUUACCCAGGAAUGGGUAAAAUAAAUUAUUUUGGUCCUCAGAUUUAGAGGGUGUCUCCUGUCUCACAGUAUGAAGUGAUCCAUUUGUUUACGCUGAAUGCGUGGGACUGCACUGUUAGUAAUGCACUGAAAAUCUAGAGCAGUGAAUGUAUCAUUUUUAAGACUCAAGAGCAUGUGUAUUUUCAAGGUUUGAAAGAAGCACAAGUUUGCUCUGUAAAUCUCAACAAAAUACUCUGAUUGUCAUGACAACAGCAACAUUUAAGAUGUCUCUAAUGUAGUGUUUUAUUUGCGCAGAACAAAUGUUGAAUCAGAGCUGCCUUUGAUUCUUGUAUGUGGAGCACAUCUAUCAGCUGGGAAUGACCACAAGCUCUUCUUGCAAGGUUUUUCAGAAAGAUAAACCCCUGCCCUUUGAAGGUAGUCAAACGUGCUGUUGAUUUUAUACUGUGAGCAGUCAUUGAUUUAUAGAGAGGACAACAGAAGGCAUUGUGGAUCCAUUGAAGACU